AUGAGGAAAGUGCACCCUCCCAAGAUAAAAAAAUUCAUGGACAAGAAGUUCUCAUUGAACUUAAAUGGUGGCAGACAUGUCCAAGGAAUACUGCGGGGGGUUGAUCCCUUUGUGAAUCUUGCCAUGGACAAAUGUGUGGAGAUGGUAACUAGGGGACAACAGAACAAUACGGGAAUGGUGGUAAUAUGA